AUGAGCGCGGACUCGGAGGACGAGUUUAUGAGCGGGAUGUCGAGCGAGGGAGGUUUCGAGGAUGGCAACGAGAGUGACUCGGUGAGCUUCGGAGAAGAGUUUGAAGAUGACGAGCCGGCACUCGAUUUUGGUUUACACGACAAGGAUAUAACUUCUGCGCCUAAAAAGCCUUAUGAAGUGGAUUUCGAUGUGUUUGGCCCUCGGGAUAUUCAAAAAUAUCAAGACAAACAGAUUGAUGAGGUAGGGGCCAUUCUAGGACAACCACCAGAGUCAACAGCAAUCCUGCUGCGACAUGCAAGAUGGAACAAAGAGCGCUUAAUCGAAGGCUAUAUGGACCAUCCUGAAGAUGUGCUAGAAAAGGCAGGGCUAGGAUUGGCCGGGGCCGUACCGGCCAAGACCAUGGUAGUAGAUGGGUUCGUCUGCGAUAUCUGCUGCGAAGAUGAACCUGGUCUAGAAACCUAUGCUAUGAAGUGCGGUCAUCGGUAUUGUGCUGAAUGCUAUCGGCAUUACCUAUCUCAGAAGAUACGCGAGGAAGGUGAAGCGGCUAGGAUACAAUGCCCUGGAGAUGGGUGUAGUCGAAUUGUCGAUUCAAAGACGCUUGAGCUGCUUGUAGAAGAUGAUCUCAAGGACAGAUAUCAUGAGCUUUUGACAAGGACAUAUGUGGACGAUAAGGACAACCUGAAGUGGUGUCCUGCGCCAAAUUGCAUAUACGCUGUAGAAUGUGGUGUUAAGAAGCGCGACCUCAAUCGGAUCGUUCCGACUGUCCGCUGCGACUGCGGCCAUUACUUUUGCUUUGGAUGUACGCUUAACGACCAUCUGCCGACGCCAUGCGCGCUGGUAAAGAUGUGGUUGAAGAAGUGCGAGGACGACUCGGAAACGGCGAACUGGAUCUCCGCCAAUACGAAGGAAUGUCCGAGAUGCAAUUCUACCAUUGAGAAAAAUGGCGGCUGCAACCACAUGACCUGUCGCAAAUGCAAGAACGAGUUUUGUUGGAUUUGUAUGGGGGUUUGGUCAGAGCAUGGUACCAGCUGGUAUAACUGUAAUCGGUAUGAGGAAAAGUCUGGCAGCGAUGCUCGAGACGCGCAGGCGAAAUCUCGCCAGUCACUUGAACGGUACCUUCACUACUACAACCGCUACGCCAACCACGAGCAGUCGGCAAAGCUCGACAAGGACAUUUAUCUCAAGACCGAGAAGAAGAUGACCAACUUGCAGAGCUCAUCAGGCAUGUCGUGGAUCGAGGUGCAAUUCCUCGAUACAGCUUCUCAAGCUCUUCAACAGUGUCGUCAGACACUGAAAUGGACGUAUGCGUUUGCGUACUACCUCGCACGCAACAAUCUUACCGAGAUUUUCGAGGACAACCAAAAGGACCUAGAAAUGGCUGUCGAGAAUCUUAGUGAAAUGUUUGAAAAGCCCACCUCUGAGCUCGCGGCACUCAAGGUCGACAUGAUGGACAAGACAUCGUAUUGUAACAAGCGGCGCAUCAUUCUACUGAGUGAUACAGCCGAAAAUUUAAAAAAUGGAUCAUGGAAGUUCAACAUAGACAUUAACACGGCGUAA